AUGGCGGAUGCAACAGCGCCUUCAGGGAAACCUGUGCACACGAUCGUGCUGGAUGCCGGUCCUAUCAUCAAAAAUACCCCGCCACUUUCAACCUUGCUGGCUCAAUGCGACGAGAUCAUUACCACUCCCGCUGUGGUCAACGAGAUUCGCGACCCCGACGCCCGUGCUCGAGUGGAAACCCUUUAUCUGCCUUUCUUGAAGCAACGCACCCCUACGCCUAAAAGCUUCAACGUCAUCAGCGAAUUCGCCCGCAAGACAGGUGAUCGAUCCGUCCUGAGUCGAGUCGAUAUCGAAGUACUGGCGCUCGCCUACGAAAUUGAGUGCGAGCGCAAUGGUGGCGACUGGCGUCUGCGAAGCGUUCCAGGCCAGAAGCGCGUGAACGGGAGACCGCCAGUGAAGGAGGAAGAUAAGAAGGAGGAGGGCAAGGAGGAAGAGUCUGCGCCCACCGAGAAGGAAGCAACCAACGAGGAGGCAGAAGCAUCAGUGACGGACAAAAAGGGAGAAGAGGAGCAGCAGCAGCAGCCAGAGGAGGAAACAACGCCCUCUUCCAAUGCCGAGAUCGUUGCAGAAAACAUUGAGGCGGAGUCAACCAUCGCCGAGGAAUACCUCGACGAAGAGAACGAGGAGGAUGAGGAAGAAGAUGAUGCAGCCGACUCGGAUGGUGGUGAAUGGAUCACUCCCACCAACUACAAGAAGCGGCUGGCCCGCGACGAGAGUGGAGCGUCAGGCAAUGGUGCUGAACCAAAGACCAUGCAGGUUGCAACCAUGACAACCGAUUUUGCUUGCCAAAAUGUCUUGUUGCAGAUGAACCUCAACUUGCUCUCUACCACGACGCUUCAACGAGUCCAACACCUGAAGUCGUUUAUCAAGCGCUGCCAUGGCUGUUUCUUGACAACCAAGGAAAUGAACAAGCAGUUCUGUCCUCGCUGCGGCAAGGACACUCUCACCCGUGUUUCAUGCACCACUACCGCGAAUGGCCAGUUUACGAUGCACUUGAAGAAGAACAUGCAAUGGAACAAUCGUGGAAAUCGGUUCAGCGUCCCCAAGCCUAUUGCCGGUAGUGCCAACGGCAAGUGGAAAGGUGGUGGUGGAAAGGGAGGCUGGGGUACUGAGUUGAUCUUCGCCGAGGAUCAGAAGGAGUACGUCCGAUCCACAGUUGAAGAGGAGCGGCGUCAACGCCGUGAGCGUGAUCUAAUGGAUGAGGAUUAUCUCCCCGGUAUCUUGACCGGUGAGCGUAACAAAUCCGGUGGACGCAUUCGAGUUGGCGCUGGCCGCAAUGUCAACUCAAGGAAGCGCUAA